UGUAUGGGCAGCAGACCACAUUGCCUCCUUCACCUUGACACCAAAUGUAUUUUUCUUCUAUCUACUGCCACCCAUUGUCCUUGAUGCUGGCUACUUCAUGCCAAACAGGUUAUUUUUUGGAAACCUUGGCACCAUCCUUUUGUACGCUGUCAUUGGAACGGUCUGGAAUGCUGCUACAACAGGCUUGUCUCUCUAUGGUGUCCACCAGACUGGAAUCAUGGGUGACCUUAACAUUGGGCUACUGGACUUUCUCCUGUUUGGCAGUCUGAUUGCAGCAGUGGAUCCAGUUGCGGUUUUGGCUGUGUUUGAGGAAGUCCACGUCAAUGAAGUUCUGUUCAUCAUUGUUUUUGGAGAAUCACUGCUAAAUGAUGCUGUGACUGUGGUUCUCUACAAUGUCUUUGAGUCCUUUGUUGCAAUAGGAGCAGAAAAUGUAACUGGGGUGGACUGUGUAAAAGGCAUAGUGUCUUUCUUCGUGGUAAGCCUGGGUGGGACACUCGUUGGUGUUGCUUUUGCUUUCCUGCUGUCCCUGGUCACUCGUUUUACCAAACACGUUAGAAUUAUUGAACCUGGAUUUGUCUUUAUCAUCUCAUAUCUGUCUUACCUCACAGCAGAGAUGCUUUCUCUUUCCGCCAUCCUUGCGAUAACUUUCUGUGGCAUCUGCUGUCAAAAAUAUGUCAAAGCUAAUAUUUCUGAGCAGUCUUCUACCACUGUGAGAUAUACCAUGAAAAUGAUGGCUAGUGGAGCUGAGACUAUUAUCUUCAUGUUCCUGGGAAUUUCAGCUGUAAAUCCUGAUAUCUGGACCUGGAACACAGCUUUUAUACUCUUAACAUUGGUCUUCAUCUCAGUAUUCAGAGUCAUUGGGGUCGUUAUACAGACGUGGAUUCUAAACCAUUACAGAAUGGUCCAGCUGGGAAUAAUAGAUCAGGUAGUGAUGUCGUAUGGUGGAUUACGUGGAGCUGUUGCUUUUGCCCUGGUUGCACUUCUGGAUCAGGACAAAAUGAAAGCGAAAAACCUGUUUGUCAGCACAACCAUCAUCGUUGUGUUCUUCACUGUUAUAUUCCAGGGUUUGACAAUCAAGCCUUUGGUCCAGUGGCUGAAAGUGAAGAGAAGUGAACACAGGGAACCAAAACUGAAUGAAAAGCUCCAUGGCAGGGCUUUUGAUCAUAUUCUUUCUGCUAUUGAAGACAUAUCAGGACAAAUAGGACAUAAUUACUUGCGAGACAAGUGGACCAAUUUUGAUAGGAAAAUUCUCAGUAAAGUACUGAUGAGAAGGUCGGCACAGAAAUCAAGAGACCGGAUUCUUAAUGUUUUCCAUGAACUCAACCUGAAGGAUGCCAUUAGCUAUGUGGCUGAGGGAGAGCGUAGAGGGUCCUUGGCAUUUAUUCGAUCCCCAAGUACUGACAACAUAGUCAACGUGGACUUCAGCACACCACGGCAAUCUGCUGUAGAAGCCUCUGUCUCCUACUUAUUGAGAGAAAAAGCUGGUUCAGUUUGCCUUGAUAUGCAAGCCUUAGAGCAGAGGAGGAAAAGCAUCCGAGAUACAGAGGAUACUGUCACUCACCACACACUUCAGCAGUACCUGUACAAGCCCAGGCAAGAGCAUAGACACCUGUACAGUCGACAUGAAAUCAUUCAGAAUGAAGAUGAAAAACAAGACAAGGAGAUAUUCCACAGAACAAUGAGAAAGCGUUUGGACUCUUUCAAGGGUACCAAACUUGGAAUAAACCGUUCCAAAAAGCACAAUAAAAUCCACAAGAGAGACCGUGGCCAAAGAAAGAGAAAUGGUAAUGUCAUACCAAAUGGGAAAAUACCUACAGAAAACUCAGUUCAAAAUUUUACAUUGAAGGAAAAAGAUCUGGAAUUUUCUGAUUCAGAAGAAAACAAUGAUUAUGAAUCUCUGCAUGUGGACAAAGGGACUGACUUUUUAGCUGAUGUCACCAAGCAGAAUUUUGCAGAUGCUACUACGGGAAUUGAUAACCCAGUAUUUUCUGCUGAUGAUGAUCAAAGUAUCUACGUGAAGUUUCCGCCAUGGUUAUCUAAUGAAGAUACCGUAGUACCAUCACAAAGGGCCCGAGUGCAGAUACCGUACUCUCCAAACAACUUCAGACGGCUCACCCCAUUUCGGCUCAGCAAUAAAUCAGUAGAUUCCUUUUUGCUAGCAGAUGGUCCAGAGGAGCGACCCAGAUCUUUUCUCCCAGAAUCAACACAUAUGUAA